UGGGAACAAGACUCUUAUAUGCCAAAAAUCCAAUAGCUAGUAAUUCCCCAAACAAUUCAUACAAAAUUGGCAAAUCAAAAUGGAUAGAAUUAUUGAAUUGAAGAGUAGUACAGAAUCCAUCAAGAGGACAAUGAUCAUGCAUGAGGAUAUUUUCAAGCAGCAGGUAAAAGAGCUCCACAAACUAUACAAUCUUCAAAGGAAACUGAUGUUGGAUGUGAAGAAUGAGAUGUCAAGGAUAGAGGAUCCAAGACACAAGUCUAUGAUCAACAACAUGUCUACUUGGCAACAGCCUAGAAGAGAACUAGAGUUUAAUGGUGUUAAUGUUUAUGGUUUAGGAGAUGAUCAACAAAGAGAAACAAGUGGUAGUUGCUCAGGUGAGAACUCAAAAACAACAUUAAUACCAAUUAGAGGAUUGAAUAUUGAAAUGGAAGAAAGAAGUUCAACUAGUAAUUAUGAGGAUGAGAAGAUGAGAAAUGAUGAGGAAACAAAUGUGGAGCUAACACUAAGUAUUGGACCUAGCAAUAGUAAAAAAAGGUUGAAAAGUCAUAAUAAAGAAAAGGAGAUAAGUUUUUCUACUUCAACCAAGUUUGAAGAGUGUGGUGAUGCUACUUCAAGUGCUAUAUUCAACAAAGAAAGUGCCACUCAAGCUUAUUGGUUUUCCCAAGAUCUUAGUUUAAAUAGGAGAUAGUUUCUAUUAACUUCAACUUCAUUCUUUUGUACUUCAUAUAUGGAGGGCUAGUUUGUAAUUCCUUCAAAAUCU